AUCUCCCAUUCCCCCUUCUCCAACUCCUUCCUUCAGCAAACCCUAGCCUCCACCAAAGAAAGCAAACCUAGUCUCCACCAAUAGUUGUCGCCGUCUGUCGGAGUGAGAGACUGCUGCCUCCGUCCAUCGCACUCAAGAACUUCCGUCUUCGUGCUCUCGGGCCUCUCGCCGGAUCCUCCACGUCGGGUGUUCGCAUCUCGCCGUUCUCCUCUGUGCUCGGCUGCUCGCGCCUCCCUCCGCCAGUGAGUGCUCGAGCUGUGCGUGUUGGUUGCUGCUCGAUUCUGCCUCCCAGUCUCACUCGAGUCUCGUCUCAGUCACUGGCAUCUCGUGGUUUGUCUGUCUCGUCGCCGGCGGCAGAAGCAACUCGUGGGGUUGUGUCUUGCUUCUUCGCCUUCCGUGGGGUGGUCGCCGACUCGCCGUCGACCGUUGCCGAAGAAAUUGGAAGGGCUGGAUGAGGAGACAUUGAUGCCUCAGAAGACAUCUUGAGGCAUUGGGGUAUCUUCAAUUUAUUUUUGCUUGUUCAAUUUUGAGUUGGAGUUGGGUUUAAUUAUUUCUGGUUGCAGAGUGUUACAUUGAAAUGGGUUGGAAAGCUGCAGAGAAACUUAUUAGACACUGGAAAAUUGUCAGAGGUGACAAUGUUAUGAUCAUAAGGGGUAAAGAUAAGGGUGAGUCUGGGGUCAUUAAACGUGUUAUUCGUUCCCAGAAUCGUGUUAUUGUCGAGGGUAAAAAUUUGGUAAAGAAACAUAUCAAGGCAGGGCCAGGUCAUGAAGGGGGGAUCUUUACAGUUGAAGCCCCACUUCAUGCCUCCAAUGUGCAAGUCGUUGACCCAGUUACAGGGAAGCCUUGCAAGGUUGGGAUUAAAUAUCUUGAAGAUGGUACUAAAGUCAGAGUAUCCAGAGGAAUAGGAACAUCUGGGUCCAUAAUCCCUCGACCUGAGAUCCUCAAGAUAAGAACUACACCAAGACCUACACAACCUGGUCCCAAAGAUACUCCAAUGGAGCAUGUGUUAGAGAAGACUUAUGAUGCUAAAACAGGGAUGGGCAUGCCUGAUCUUUGAAGGGCUUGGAUACCUUGUUCCAAAUUUUUAAUUAGGUAGCUGUUUUGGCAAUGAAUUUGGUUAUGGCAUUAGUUUUUCACAUGUUUCCAUUUACCAUGCUUUAAUAUGGAUUUGAUUAAAUUCUCCUAGUAUAUGUAUUUCAAUGUGAUCGAAUCCGGGGUCAUCCCAUCGCUUGUAACUUUUUGUUUACUACUAGUAACUAGUAAUGCUAGUAGCAAUAAUAAUAUAUUAAUAAAAAAAAUUUUACAAUUUUUAUUUGA